UCCUCUCCUCUUGUCCUGUGCCGAAAUUUGAGUCUUGCCUUCGACUCCAUUUCAAACCCCCCGCCGCCUCCAUCGCCAAGCCCCCUGCUGCCGCCCCGCGUCCCUCCCAAGUCCCACUCCUCCUCCUCCGGGGAUCGCCGCAGCCUGCGGAGGGCGAUGGCUACUCGUUCCGCGUCUCGGCCCCGACGCCCGCUCCGCCACGCGCCUUCGCCGCCCCCUCCGGCCGUUGCGAACGGGAAGGCGGCGUCCAAGCCCAUGUCUCCUGUCCACCCAUCGUUGGACAGGACUGUGAAGAAGCUGCGGCUGACGCGGGCGCUCACCCUCCCGGAGGCCACCGCCGUGUCGGAGGCGUGCCGCAGGAUGGCGGCCAGGCGCGUCGACGCCGCCCUGCUCACCGACGCAAAUGGGAUGCUCUCGGGCAUCCUCACGGCCGAGGACAUUGCGGGAAGGGUCAUAGCUGAGGGUCUCAAGCCUGAAGAAACUAGUGUGGUGAAGGUGAUGACGCGGAACCCAGUUUUUGUUAUGUCCAAUUCAUCCGCCAUUGACGCACUGCAGAAGAUGGUUCAAGGUAAAUUUAGGCAUCUUCCUGUAGUGGAACGUGGUGAAGUCGUUGCCAUGUUGGACAUUACAAAGUUCCUUUAUGAUGCGAUUUCAAGGAUGGAGAUGGCUGCAGAACAAGGCAGUGCAAUAGCAGCUGCUAUGGAAGGGGUCGAGAGGCAAUGGGGAACUGACUUUCCAGGGCCACAUGCAUUCAUGGAAUCUCUUCGAGAACAGAUGUUCAAGCCUUCCUUGUCAACUAUCAUAACUGAAAAUAGAAGUGUUCCAGUGGUAUCUCCUUCUGAUCCGGUAACUCUAACCGCCAAAAAGAUGAGAGAACACCAAGUUAACUCGGUGGUUGUCAUGACAGGGAACAUGUUACUAGGAAUUUUCACUUCCAAGGAUCUGGUUUUGCGAGUAGUGGCACAGAAUUUACCCCCAGAGACAACUCUUGUAGAAAAGGCUAUGACUGCAAACCCAGAAUGUGCUACAUUGGACACAUCAAUCCUUGAUGCUCUACAUUCAAUGCAAGAUGGGAAAUUUCUGCAUAUUCCUGUUGUAGACAAAAAUGGACAGAUUAUUGCCUGUUUGGAUGCUCUACAGUUAACCCAUGCAACAAUCUCGAUGGUUGAGGGAGCCUCUGGAGCAAAUGAUGUGGCAAAUAGUAUGAUGCAGAAGUUCUGGGAUUCUGCUCUUGCCAUGCAUCCUGCAGAGGAAUUUGAUGCUCGUAGUGAUGAGUCUCGAGUAGUGGCAUCAGAAAGUGCUGAGGGGAAACAUAUACAUCCUCCUCAUGUUAACAGUUCGUUCUGUUUCAAAAUUGAGGAUAAAAAAGGGCGCACGCACAGAUUCAGUUGUGUUUCCGAAAGCUUAAAUGAGCUUGUGUCUGCUGUGGCGUACAGAUUAGGAACGGAUAAUGACAAGUCGACCAUUAAGCUUUUGUAUGACGAUGAUGAAGGUGAUAGAGUUGUCCUGACAACGGACAGUGACCUGACUGCAGCAAUUGAGCACGCCAAAUCAGCGGGGUGGAAGGUUCUGAGACUGCACAUGGACGAGGCCGAGGCCAGGACGGAAUCCGCCGUGUCGCGUGCGGAUCCAUCGACCGCGCAGCGAGGGCAGUCGGCUCUCCGGUUCGGCAUCGUGGCUGGCGCUGCUGCGCUCGUCGGCAUCGCCGUAAUCGUCUACCUGAAGCGCUCUCAGCUGUGACUCCAGACUUUAGGUGCUCACCUCCACACUGCACAGUACAGAUUAACGUACACUUGUGUGUCCACCACCAGUGAAACACAGCGGGCUGUUUACCGUAUACCGUAUACAUACAUGGAGAUACACUCGAGUCACACAACAACACAAGGGGUAUUUUUCUUUUCUCCUCCUCCACCCGUGUCAAGCAAGUACAAUAGAAGAAAAAUCUGAGGGUGCAAAUAGGAAUGUUGUUUUAAAAUAAUUUUACCCCUUUCCUACACCAUCCAUUUUUUGGUGCUUUGUGCAACAGGGUGUUUUAAAAUAAGCAAGUCAGGACACCAUGGCAUCUUUUGUGUACUACUACUCUGUAAGUAAGUGCAACAAAAAGAAGCUAGGCGUAUAUAUAUGUGGUGCUUUGUGUCUGGAAAUCUGAACGGAAAAUCGCCAUAGCUGCUGAUGUUUA